AUGAAGAAAGAACCAUAUGGGAUCAGAUUAAGAGAUCGAGGAAAAGAUAGAUUAUAUAGAGCAAUUAAGAUCAAAAUUACUGCAGAAGAGGAUUUCUUUUCCAGUUUUCUUAAAUUGCCAGAGGUAGUCAAUUUUAAGCCAGAUGAUCUUUUUAUGAGAGGAAUUAAUACUGUGAAACAAGGGAAUUCUGAGCUCUUCAGGUUUAUUGGAAAAAAGAUUAUGUGGAAAGUAAUAGGUAUCAAUAAUACACAUUUAAUUCAUAAAAUUGUUGAAGAUGCUCUCUAG